UACCGUCUCCUUGUGAAAAAUCUGAAGCAAGUCGUCCAAAUUGUGGACGACGACACCACCGAAUUCCUCGUUGGAGACCGUAUGAGCAAUAUCAAGAUUCUCAACGACGCCAGCGAAUCUUUGGCGAUUUUGGUGGAUUCCAAGGGGAAAUUUGCGUAUAUUGGAGAUCACUCCGAAGCUGAGGAGUUGAUGAGCUCUUCUGGAGAUUCUGAAGCCGUUAGAAUACUAGAUUCCAAUGGGGGAAUCGCGAUUCCUGGAUUCGUCGAUGGUCAUUCGCAUCCGGUUUUUGCUGGGGAUCGUGUGCAUGAGUUUGCGAUGAAGCUGGCUGGAGCCACUUAUAUGGAAGUCCAACAAGCGGGCGGUGGCAUCAUGUUCACCACGAACAAGACUCGCGAAGCGUCUGAAAAAGAGCUUCGUUCGGAUUUCGAAGAGAUUGCCAAGAAAAUGCUGCGUAGCGGUACGACAACUCUCGAAGCGAAAAGUGGUUACGGUCUGAAUGUGGACGCUGAAAUGAAGAUGUUGAGAGUUUUGGCAACGGAAAAUCCAGCGAUUCCUCUGGAAGUGUCGGCGACGUUCUGUGGCGCUCACGCGGUUCCCAAGGGCUCCACAGAAGCAGAACAAACGCGUAUGAUUUGUGACGAGCUGAUUCCCCAAAUCGAGUCCGAAAAGAAAAUGGGCAACCUAACAAAUGUGGAGAAUAUUGAUGUUUUCUGUGAGAAGGAUGUUUUUGAGGUGGAGUCCAGGUACUGUAUUGCUAACUUCCAAUUGAAAAAAGUUUUUUUUUUCAGCCAAAAAAUUCUGAAACGAGGACAGGAGGCUGGAAUGGCGGUGAAUUUCCAUGCGGAAGAGCUGAAGUAUAUUGGUGGAGUGGAAAUGGGAGCCAGAAUUGGAGCCCGCGCAAUGUCUCAUCUGGAAGAAAUCUCGGAAGAAGGAAUCCGUCUGAUGUCUUCAUCUGGUUCCGUUGCAGUUCUUCUUCCAUCAACUGCAUUUAUCCUUCGUUUGACUCCUCCCCCUGCACGCAAAUUGAUUGGAAACGGAGUGAUUGUUGCAUUGGGAUCUGAUUUCAAUCCGAAUGCUUACUGUUUUGCAAUGCCAAUGAUUAUGCAUUUUGCGUGUGUCACCAUGAAACUGUCGAUGCCAGAAGCAUUGACUGCUGCCACUCUAAACUCCGCCCACUCGAUUGGAAGAGGAAAAACCCACGGAGCAAUUGCAAAAGGAAGAAACGCCGACUUUGUGAUUCUCUCUGCCAACUCUUGGGAGCAUAUCAUCUACCGUAUCGCUGCUCAUGGUGACGUCAUUCGCCACGUCAUCAAAAAUGGAAAUGUGGUGGAAGUCUGA